UAAAUCAAAAACCUAAUCUUUUCAAAAUAAGAAAUUUCCUACAUAUAAAUAAACAUCUUGUCUUCGUAAAAUCACUUCACAAUUCAGUGAUGGAGACGACAGGAACUGAAAUCAUUGUUUACGCAGUUCACUCACCGGAAAACAAACGACUGCCACCACGUUCACGAAUGCAACUCCGUCUCAAAACCUUCCGUAGCCGUGAAGUCACCGUUCGCAACCGUGGCAUAAUUCUCUAUUUACCACCUCAAGAUCUUGAACAAACUUCUGUCCGUAUACCCAUCACCGACUCCGGCAAAAUCCGCAGCUUGGGAAAGACUCUACUGGCUGAAGCCAUGACCGCCAUAGGAAUUGACGAAUACGACGGCCGCGAAAUUAUGCAAAAAACUGCUUAUGAAAUUAGAGAAAACGAUAUUAAUUAUAUCAGUGAGAUUGGCGUUGAACAUACGACUGCAACUUGGGAAGAAUGUAAUUAUGAUGAGUAUCUGACGAUUAAAAGAGAAUAUGAAGGUCGAGGCGAUUUAAUAGAAAUUGACGAAGGUAUUCCUGAAGAAGAUACGGAAUCGGGAUUAGAAGACGAAGAAGAAUUUACAAUUAUAUUAUCAUCUGCUGCAACUAAAUCAUCUGUUGAUGCCUUGGACAGAAUAAAUGUGUCGGCUGAUGAUGGUAUGGAAUGUUCGGUUUGUCUCGAAGGUAUUGAGGUUAGUGAGCCGGCAAUUCGGAUGCCGUGUUUGCAUUAUUACCAUCAGGAUUGUAUUGUUAAGUGGCUCUGUCAGAACCAUUCUUGUCCGCUUUGUCGCUACGAAUUGCCUGCUGAGUUGUAGGAUUUGAAUUCACUUUUGUAAUUUGUAGUUAAUUUCAUUGGUUCAGAUUGUGAUUGUUAUGUGAAUUAUAAUUUUAGUUUGUAAUUGAGGAUCUCAUAAUAUUUUUAUUAUAUAAUAAGAGAAAAGGGAUUCUAUAGAGUUCUGUUCAUAA